GCUCGGCGCUCCCUCAUUCCGGAAGUGGGGGAAGAACCGCGAUCGUAGGCAGCGUCGGGCCUCGCCCCGCCGGUUCGUCCGUCUUCGGUCAUGUCCACCAUGGUUUUCGGGGCGAAAAGCUUCAAGCCGAGGGCGCCUGAUAAGGGCGCCUUCCCCUUGGAUCAUUUCGGAGAAUGUACGCUCUUCAAAGAAAAAUUCAUGAAGUGUCUGCAGGCAAAUAACUUCGAGAACGGAUUGUGCAGACAGGAGUCGAAAGAAUACCUAGAAUGCCGAAUGGAGAGGGAGCUGAUGGCCAAAGAGCCCCUGGAAAAACUGGGUUUUAAGGACCUUAAGGAAGAGAAACCCAAAGACCAACCUGAGACAGUGCGACAAAAUCCCUCCUGACCCUCAAUUCUGACCCCAGAAUCUGCAGCCAUCUAUCUAUCUAUAUCUACAUGUAUAUAUAUUGUACGUGGUCUCGUUUGCGUUUUGUUUUAAGAGAUUCUCUUAAAAGGUCACAGAAAUUUAGCAAAUGGCGGAUUUGUAGGCAUUCACUCCAGAAGUGAAGGAUGGUGAGGUUUGUUUUCCAGCUGUUUCCAUAGUUUUGGGAUGUUUUUUUUCCCCCUUAAAAGAAAAGGAGAAAAGAUAUGAGAUGCCUUUGGAUAGAAUGUUUGGACUUGGGUUUGAAAACUGAUAUUCGAACAUUAAAUUCAGAAGUUGGGCUGUUAGAUUUUUGUCCUCUGAACUGAGUUUUUAUUCAAGAUUUAGCCUUCUUUUUCUCUGUCCUCCUGUGAGGAAUUUUAGCCAUGCAGGAUUCUGGCUGCAACAGGAUGUGUAUGAGUGUGUUUGGGGGCGACUGGCUUGGUCAGCAGCUGUUCGCAGUCAUGACGUUGGGGAAGACGUGAAUUUGCAACCAAUUCCCUCCAUCGAUAAACCUUCACAGUACAGCGAAAAAGGGGAAAGCCGAAAGGGGUCAGAACCUUUUCAGACCCACGGGCCAGGCAUUCUGAAACUAUGCAAUCCAUCUCUUGGUGGUUCUUGGGGAAAACAAACCACCUUUUCUUGUUCUGAAAAAGAUUAUGCGGAGAAUUCCGCUCCAGGCAGUCGCAGGACCCAGCAACGGUGGGAAGAAUCCGGGCGUCACAAUGGCUCCCUUUGACCAAGGAUGUCUUUGCUUUGCCACAACCUGGAUAAUAAAUGAGGAGAAAUACUUAAAAACCCACCCACCCCACCCCAUCCGAGGUCAAUCAAAGGAGGGGAGGAACAAAAACCCAGAGGCUCACCCUUUUUGCUAUCGCUCAAGUACAAGGCCAAAGGGAAAGGCAAAAGGAGUUGGCAUUGCACCUGAUUAGUUUCCCCCCAGCCCCCAAAAAGGACCAAACCUCUGCCCCCCUCCUCUGCUUUUCCCCCCCUCUAGUGCAGCAACCAGGAGGAAAUGAGACGCCUGCCUCAACCAGUCCAAUGUGGUUGUAUUAUCCAAAUUGGGGGUGUUGGUGUUUAAGGUUUGUUGAAAGACAACCGAGGUCUCCUUGUGGUGUUUUUUUUUUGGGGGGGGUGUGUGUGGCAAGAACCUGUCUUUAUGUUCAUGCAUUUUGUUGUGCGCUGCCCAGAGAUGUACACAGCUGCCCGGCUCUCAACAAUAGGCGACUCUGGGCAGCUUACAACAUUAAAAAAAAAAAAAUCUACCAUGUAAAAUCCCUACAACAACAAUGGGUUGAGCUGGCUAUCGUGACUACAGCGGGACUAGAACUCACAGUCUUUGCUGAUCCGGCCAAAGUCACCAGUUGCCUUUCAUGCCUAAGGUGGAACUAGAACUCACAAUCUCCUGGUGAUCAACUCAAGGUCACCCAGCCAGCUUUCAUGCCUAAGGCGGGCCUGGAACUCAAAAAUCUCCCGCUUUCUAGCCUGGCGCCUUAAUCACUAGACCAAACCAGCUUCAUUGUAAUAUUAAUUAAAUUAGUAGGUUAAUUUUCUAGUGGGAGAGACGCUGAUGGGGAAGCAGGAAAAAGGGAUGAACUCAUCUCGAAUUGUGUUUGCUGCUAAGCCAGUUCAGAGAGAAACACAAUGAUGCAAGUGAGGGCACCAGGGACACUCCUGAAGUAGGAAAAAGCCGACGGCGCUACUACUCUGUGUAUCUUGGAUCAAUUUCAGCUGCUCUCUUUCUCUCUUCCUGAUCGUUACACUCCCUGCUCCAAUGUGAUGGAUUUCCCAUAAGUUUGCAACAGUGGGAAGAUCCAUUCUUUUAUGGAUUUAGCUCUCCUGCAAU